AUUACAACAAGGAUGAGCGGGAACCACAACCACCACUGUGUGCGCAAACAGCAGGAAGAUUUCGAGGCCACGCUGUCUCGCAGUCGCGUUUUCGUCAACUAUAAGUGACUACUUCUUUCUGUUUUCUUUCUUUCUGUUUGUCUGUUUUGUUGCUUUUGCGGAAAACGGCGACCACAGCCACGACAUAACAUUGGCUCUCGCCUCACGCACAGCGACAGCCAACCUGCAAAAUGGGGAUGUCCGACGAAGCCUGGGUAGACCAGUUUCUGAAGCUGAGCAGGAACGUUCUCUAUCGAAUCUUUGGUGCACAGAUCCCCGGGUCACCAUCGGGACUAGGUGCAGAUGGUCUUGUUGCGGUCGGGGAUAAAUAUGGUGAUGUACUACGCCCAUUCUUCGAUAAUCUCAACACGGUGGAGACGAAAAAGCGCCCCCAUGCUCAUGUUACAGCUGCGAACAAAGACCCGGACUCGUUCGUACAUGCUCAAAAGUUCAAUCCAUUCUACGAGCUGGCGCACUCCGCCUACGCAAGAUUUGCCUUUCUUCGCGCUUUCAAGAAUUUUGCGAUCGCCAAACACGUAUGCAAAUAACAACUGCUUUAGUGUCAAGGUGAGGACUAUGCAACGACACGGUGGGAAGCUGGAGUGGUCGCUUUCUGUAAUGACUAAGUAAGGACGCCUCUCAAGGAGAAGGAUGAAAUAAGUAUUAAAGCUGAAGCUGCUGUUCUGGACGCUCUGGCUGUGCGUAGUUCUUCCCGUCGCCUUCGAUGGCAUUUGUAUGGUCGCGCUACCUGCAAAAUGUGGUGGCCAAAGCGCUCGCAAGCCCGCGCGCAAAGCGUGUUUCGCGAGAUGCGUGGCCAUCGGUCGCAAGCGACGCGAAGGCCGCAUCGCCGCUGCCAUAUGCGAGUAAUUUGGCGAGGGAGUGCAAUCGUUCGCAAAAUUAUUCACGGACAUGUCUAAUGCAGGUUGCCAGCUGCCAGAAAGCCGAUCGCGAAAAAGAAGGAGUUGGCGUUUUCUUUACAUGAAGACAAAAUAAACAAGGAAAAUUUGAAUUGUAGUGCUAUCUGGGGAAGGGGGACGGGAUGAAGAAAAAGUAUUUAUUUUUCGGCUCCGCCCGAAAAGCAAAAAGAAAAACACCAAUAAACUUCUCGAUGGCAUGGCGCGUUUGAGCGGCGAUGUUUUGCCACCCCUCGACUGCUUCCUUCGGCCGACUGGGAUCCGAAGAAAAAAAAUAAAGAUUCCGAAUACAGGUCGAGACGGGCCAAGCGGCCCGAGGGCUUCAUUCCAACAAGUACGCUUUUUGUGUAAAAUGCCAGGCCCGACGAGAAAUGGCCACCCAGGGGCGGCGUUUCUUUGAGUUUAUUUACACGAACAGAACCCACGACCACCCCAGACUGAACCAAAAAAAAAGCUUCUUAGUUCUGCGGAGGCGCGUCCGCCCCGUACAGCUUCCGGCGUCUCUAAAGGGUAAAAGUGCGACCGUUCGCCCGAUUCACUCCGAUUAGAAGCGCCCGACCUGGGUGGCCCACAGGUGUUGCCAGAAAUCCUGGAAUGCUCGCGACCUCUGCUAGUUCGCUAGACAGCCUUUGGCGGCCUGCCCGACCCCAGAGCGGCACUAAAGUCAUGCACGGUGGGGGGCGGUCGCGGAAUCUAUUGGUUCUGAAAAUGCCGGCACGGGGUGGCAUUGGUUCUGAAAGCGGCGGCGUUUUGGCCGCCCUGGGCCUCGUCGGCAGAGGAUGACUGAGGGCGCGGCCGACGGAUGGUUGGGCCGCAGCCCUGGCCCAAAAGUGCAACAGCGAGGGCCGCGCCCCCAUCCCCCAGCCAGCUAGUGGGCCAUGGGAUGCGCGGUAGCGUUCGCGCUGGCUGCCGUGGUGGUUCGCACGCUCUAUCUUGGCUAUUGACCAAUAUGAAUAUCGCCCCCUCCUCUCCAGACGGACCGACGGGACCUUCAUUUCUAGCCGCGCGACGCCUAGGGGCAAGCGAGCGCUUCUAGUAUGAUAGAAAAGCAGGAGCUGACGAACAGCAGAAGCAUUGGUGUCGGCCCGUGCGCUUUAUUCCGGCACCCACGGGCAUGUUUGCAGUACUACUUCCAUAACAUUUUCACGAACCGGAAACAGCCACCGCAGCAGGAGAUACGGGUGUGAAAGCAGAUGCAGGAGAACUUUUUCUCGUUCGAGAUGCUCGACAGGCCUUGCUUGAUUCGUACUGCGCCAAAUUGUCACAGCGGCUUGAAGAAUUCGAUCAAGAAUUUCAAAGAGAAGUCGGUGCAUCGGUUUGGAACCCCAAACUUCGUACAACACAUGCCGAGCUCGAAAACCCACCCAUCGAGUCGUUACCACCUACAGCUCAACAGCCCCUUGGUUUCAUAGCGAACACUCCAUUUAAAGAAGAGCUGCUCAAGGAAGUUUUCCAACUAUCAUCUCUGGACCGAAAUACAGAACGCCCCGUAGCAUGGCCAACGCUCGACACGAUCACCGCCAAGGUUGACAGCAACUAUCUACCAUCAGACCAGCUGGCUGUGUACGUGGACACAAAAACCACAUUGCUCGAGUGGCACACCGCACACCUCGAACAGAAUAUCCGUCUGCUGCGCGACGUCGUCUUUAACAAAUUUAAGGAGCUCGGCCAUCCAUUAUCAAAAAAGCUAUCAAUGCUUCAACUGUCAGAAGAUCAGUCGAAUGGCCGCCUCGGAAAAAGCAAAAUCGUGAUAGAAGAGGAGUCACAAGUAGAACCGACACCUGUCUCUUCUGCACUAUCUCUUGACGCAAGACAGGCUACUCCUAGCAGUUUACUCGAUCUCGAUCCUGCGUCUUCCAGGCCGAGGGUCACCGCGGCAUCGCGUGAUAUUGUUGCACGGGUAGAUGAUAUGACAUCGCCAUACAACAGCCGCACCGAGCAAAUCUCCAGUAUUAACAUUGACGGAACCGGGACAACAACUGCAUCUCUCGCGGCUGGGUCGGCAGCGCGAGCACAUUCGCCAUCAGGCGUGGUCCAGAAAUUGCAUCAACCCGCAGGAGAAAAUGUUGCAGCCUUCCCUUCCGUGUCUGGGGCGUCUUCACCUGGAGCUGUUGGAAGUCCCCCCCCCCCCACAGCCCAGCUCUGCAUUCAGUACCCCGACACAGGACUGCUCCUUGCGGCCUGGCACGAGCAUCCAGGUUUCGCGACUGGUGGCCUCGCUGUGGUGUUCCUUUUGUUGGUCUUUGUCGUGUGCCGCUGUGUCGACCGUCGGUUCCUCCAUUUCGCGCUCAUCUGGCCACGCGGACCAGGAAGACAGGCGGAUGAAGAACCAUCGUCCCCACGUCGUCACAUGAACAAGUUGCUUAACGAACGAGCAAAGGAUGUCCCAGGUCGUGGGCCGCCGCUGUGUGAAGGCAAUAAAGAUGAAGCAACUCCCUCGCUCACCCGGACGACCCGCACGAAAAAAGGGAAGAACAAGCAAGGGCAGAAGAACCAGCAAACCGCUUCGCAGUAUGGGACGUUGCGCCAGGUCCUCGCAGGCUAUGCAAUACAAAUUUCCCGUAUAUUUACAAAAUGCGUGACAAAUUUCGCUAACCUGGAGAAGUGUCAAACUUGUCAUGCUGGCUAAGAUAGAUCUAAGGCAAGUCUUGUCAUGCAGAAACACUAAUUUUUAUGUGAUGCGCGGGAAAUUUACAACCGUGGAUACAGGCGAAGAUAACACGCCACAGCUGUCUUCGCCGGACUGCUCGAGGAAGAAACAACUGAAUUCCGCGCCCACGAGUAAACAACACGACCAAGGUGGGCGUGGAAUAGCGCAACUACAUAAGUCUGCAGCUGCAGGAGCUCCGUCUGGGAUCAAAAUGUCGUCCUCUGGGAACAGUACUAACACGGUUCCUCCACUGGCGCCGCCCACACCAAGCGCUUCCGAGUCCGCGUCGGAGGACAGUAGGUUUUCACCUGUGGUGGAAGUCCACCGUGGCAGGAAGUACGAUCCAGAAUCGCUGGAACGACUCGUCGUCGACACCUCCGCUGCCGUUCUUUCCACAAAUACUAACAUUUCCGACCCCACCGCAAGCUCCUCCGGAUCGGAAAACAAUAAAGCGUCUCCUUCCAUGUCCGAAAAGAUCUCGAAGAAAAACAAGAAGAAAAAGAAGAACAACAAAAAUAGUAAAACCGUCAUGUCUAUGUCCGCGACGGGGACGGGUACGGGAGUGGAAAUGUCGCCGCCACCCGGGCCGGAUCGGGUCUAG